CAUUUCGGUUCUCAGUAAUAGUUGGUUACGUUGAUUAGUGAGCAACUGUGGUUUUUAAGUUCUGGACGAGCAUGACAUUUAAAUAUUAUGCGCCACGGAAGUUCCUCACAGUAGAGACCAAGAGUUACAGUGCUAUCUUUUUGCUUCUUUGUGAAAUAUAACUGUACCCUUGGGUGUCGUAUAGAUGAGAAAGGUGGAAGCAAGCAGAAUGUAUAAUUAUUAUUGCUUUAUUACUGUUAGUCAACUAAUAACAACUCAAACCUUUGCCCUUUUAAAACCUGGCAAUACAGUAUGUUCGUAUGCAACAGUUUUAUAUGCAUCUAAAUAACACUGUAAACAGUGAGGUUUUGAUUUUGUAUAAAAUCUUGUAUAUUAUCUGAAAAUCACUGGGGGUGAUUUCUGGGACUAGUCCUGUGUUCCAAGAAUAACAAAUACCUUAUUUUAUGUUUUGUCUAGAAAAACUAGAACUGGCAUUUCUUUUCAAACAUAACCAAAAGAGGAACGAUUUAAACCAUGCUAACUAGGGCAGAGUGGCAAAUUCACUUUUGUAUGAGUUCCACUGGAUGUCCAGCACCAAUGGCUAAGAGGAUUAGGUUAGAUUUAUUAACUGGAUUGGUUCUCACCUGUCAACAAACCCUCAUAGCAACAGCAGGGAAUUUAUACACAGGGCGAUAGCCAAGGGAACACGCCUGGGCUGUAACUACAUUCUGACCUAGAAAAGGCUUCCACACCACAUGGCAGCAAUUGGAUCUCUCUAGAAAAGGCUUUAAGGAUUCCCAAGACACAGAACUAAAAGCUCCACUAAUGGGUAUAUAGUUCACAGAUCUAGCUGGCUUCAAUAUGGUCUUCUGUGUGUUCUGGUCUAUGUUAGAUUGGACAUUUAGAGGACUGAUAUGUUUCUGGAGAUUUAUGUGGGUGACCCCAUUCCAAGCAAUCACGUCUUCUUAUCUCAGUAAAAAGCGAAAGAUUGUAGAUUUUACAGUUCACAGCCCCAAGCUUGAAAAAACAGAUACUGAAGUCUCAGAAGAGACGUCAAACCUUCAUGACUGCAGUAAUUUGGUUCGCAAGAGAUUAUCCAAAGCUGAGAGUGAAAUUCAGCUAUUGAAAUCACAGAUUUCAAAGGAAAAAGCUGUUUGGGAAAAGAGGUUUCUGGAGCUGCAGAGAAAACAGCUGGAACUGAGAGAUCAGCUCAUAUCAGAAAUCUUGGCAAGAAAUGGAGCUCUAUUCGAAGAUGAUAUCAGUGGCUUCAUAGAGAGUGACAUAACGACAUCCAAAUCUGACCUGGAAAAUCACUGCAUGCUUGAUGCUUGUGCAAGUAAGCAAAGCGAGGAACCUCUUCCACACCACCAAAGGAAAACAGAUGUGAUUUUGCUGAAAAGUGAAAACCUGUCUGCCAGUUCUAAGCGUGAUCUGUCUGGGAGCCUUCUCUCCUGGUCUUCUUCGAAUAGCUCUAGACCCUCGUCGUCUACUUCCAGAAACAGCAGCUUAGUAACCACAAGAAGCAACACAAAGCCUUACAGGGUGUUUGUCCCUCAUUCCCACUUGGAUUUACAAAUCGGACACAGGGUCCGCCUGCUGCUUCCUUCUGGGAGAAUCAACACUGGGACAAUCCAGUACUUGGGAUACCUGUCUGGUAUGCAGGAUUUCUGUGUGGGAGUAGAGCUGGAGACACCAGAAUAUGGACAGCAUGAUGGAGUGUAUGAGGGCCACUGCUAUUUUAAAUGCAAGCCUGGUCAUGGUGUGUUUGUGAAUUUCAACAAGCUGUUGAUGGCUUGGGAGUGAAUUUGCUGCAAAGAUCGGGGUUCACACUACUGGUGCAAGAGAUCAGAAGAGUGAAGAAGAGAUCAGACUGACACUGGUUUCAAUGUAGCAAACAAAGGCUAGAUUUAAUUGAACAAACUACCUUUAUGUAGUGAUGGAUAAAAAGCAUUCAUGACAUUUAACUAGAUUUAGAACCAGUUCUUUCUCGUCUAAUGUAAAAUGGAGAAAGCAGUUUAGAAUGAAAUUCAGGUUUUCAAACAUGAAGGAGUUAUUAACCACUGCAACAACAUUUCUAGUAACUUCUGGCAUAUCUGAUCAGGUCUGCUUCCUGACUCUUUUCAUGUGUAUGAAGUAAAAAAGAAAAUAUUUCAGAUGUGUUUGAGCACUAAUCGUGCAAAUUGACUAGUCUGGUCCUGAAUUUCUACAAAGAAAUAAUGGAAGAGGAAAGCAGUUCUUUAUGAAUUGCUUUAUUUGUUGUGGAGGUUAGAUUUAGAACAAGCCGCACACUACACUGAUGCAUACUUCUUAUAGUAUGAGAACAGAGCUGUGCAUUUUGUAGGCCACACAAGAUGUCCCUGGGAGGUUGAGGUUAUUCAGUCCUCAAUUUGCUGUUCGCUUUUGCUUUAUCAACAAAACUUCCUUCCUGUUUGAAGCAUUCUGUAUGCCAGACAAGUUCAAGGUUAUUUUAUCUCAUAAUCAAAGAGAACUAAUGUAAAAGCCCAUAAGCUUUUUUCAUUCCUUAUACAUACUGUAAAUUAUUAUUUAUAACUAUUGCAUUCAUUUUUUGUCUCUGCUCAGGCAGUACUAUGAUGACUUAUAUACUGUUUUUUUUCUUGCAUUCUCAUAAAAUGGUCCAUUAAUCGUUCCAGGCAAUAUGUGAAAAUAAAUUUAAGAUACAAAAUAUAAUCACUGUGUAAGGUAAAUGGCUUAAUUAUUUAGAUUUAUUUGCCUAGGGUAUUUAGAUCUUAAAAUAUUUUAAAUAAUAUAGGCACAAAAUUGGGGUUUACAUAAAAGGUAAAGUUAUAUUUUUAUUAUUUGCAGAAUAAUAAAAUGGAGAGCUAACUCCAUUCCUUUUUGGUAUCAUAGUUUUCUGCAAUCUGCAUCAGGAUUAUAAUCUACCUGUAAAUCAGUGAGAUUAAAUGUAAUAUAAAGGCAUGAUUUGCUAAGAAUAUCUUCUGUGUGAUUUUGAAUGCUAAAGAAAGUUGAACUGUUACCAUUGGACUAUUUCAUAAUCAUUUUAAACAUGUUUCCCAUUGUAUUUAUUGUACCUAUUUUUAUCUGUGCUAGUACCUUAAGAAAACAUCUUCACACAUUGUAAAUUCACUCAACGCAUUAGAGAUCCCAUUGUUUUCUUCCAUUUUUGCCAGUCAAGCCUGGACCCCUCUGAGCAACAUACUGUAACUGUGUGUCUGUGGCGGGGAGAGGGAGUGGGGGUCUUUUCUCAAAGAUCCUAAGCUGUCUUGUAUUUGAAUGAACAAACAAGGGCAACAAUGGAGCAAUCCUCUCAUCGUUGUAAGGGAUUAUAAUUUUGUUCCUGUGCAUUCGGUAUAUUAAACGCAGCUAAGUGACUGUUUCUUGUAUGAAGCUAGAGUCAGAUUUUCAUCCUUUUGGAUGGACAAUAAAGUUAUUUAAUAAUGA